AUGAGCGAGCGGGAUAGCCACCGUCAAAGCCACACCGCAGAGGAAAAGAUGAUUGCGGACAAGAUUCAGAAACUGUCGCAGCUUUUAGAAUUAGACGAAGAUUCCUUUGCCGAGCAGUUUGCUGAUUUUCACCCAAUCGCGCAGCACAAGUUCGAAUCAGCAGGUUUGGAGCCUCUCAUGGCAUGGAAAGCUGCUCUGAGCCUGGCCUUGAAAGAUUCAAAUCUACGGAACCAUCAUCCCCAAGGAGAGCUUAGAAAGGCAUUGACUCGCGCUUUUGGAUGGGGCUGUUCUACAUCUGGCAUAGAACAAGCUUUCUCUGGCAUCCGGGCUCUUACCAACAGCAAAGGCAGCAUGACUGAGAUUGCCUUACGCGAUGAAGUUUUUCUUCUUAGCGCCCAACAUUUCAGUCAAGCUGAAGAUGAGGAAUUGGUCAGAGCAGCGGCUGUUCUUUGGGCAAAGUUCUUUGGUCCUGUAAAAACUACCGGAAGUGACUCCACCAUGAGAUCUGUUGCAGCUAGCCGGGCAUGGCAAAAGAGACGCAAAGACGAGGUUGACAGGACCCUGCAGGUUUUUCGAAAGCGGCGAGCUGCAGCGGUGGCAGCUGAAGUCAAUGCCGCUGAGCCUUCGGCAUUUCAAUGCCCCAGUGAUGAGCACUGGACCGAGAAGCAUGAGGCAGAAGCCCAGUUGCAAAAGAAACGCCGCAGAGAACGUGCCCUUGACACAGCGGCGGGCAAAGGAUUGACCGCCGAAGAAUUGCAGCAAGAAAUUGGACAUGACCCUGGACAAGCAGUUGCUGCUCACAAGGCAGCACAAAAGCUGAAAGAAGCAAUGCAGAAAGAAAAAGCUUUGCAGUCGAUUUCGGCAAUCUGCCGAGGCAAAAAGAUUUUCUUGCCUGCUGGCAAGCCUGCAACAGGAAAUGAUGCCCUGGACCGGCACAUGACCAGCAUGAGUGCCAUGUUUGAGUCUUCUCCUCUGAAGGCCGAAAUUUUUGUCAUCAAUGAAAUUGUCCAUCCGCCCGAGGAACUUCUUUGGAAUGCUUUUCUGAGUGGCUCUUUUCUCUUGAGUGCGCAGGCAUUCUGCAGUGGGAACGGACCGGCUGUGAAGUACAUCAAUACCAUGAGCAUUCGCAGGUCUGUCUUUUGCUCCAGUGGCUUCCAGUCGGACUUCCCGGGGCUGGUUGCUCUAGUUGUCGCUCGCAUGGCAGACCCUGAUAGCAAGUGGAAACUGCUGAGUGAUUCGCAUCAGUUCUUUGCAGUUUUGACAAGAGCAGAGGCGAAACAGCGGGCUGCGUCCGAGCUGCUGGCUUUUGUCACUGAGACGGAGAUCGGUAGCAUUUUGUCUGCUUUCCCUGAGCAGAAAACUGUCGUUGAUCUCCGCUGCAAGCUUUUGACCCGAAGUUCAGCAGUGAGUUUUUUGGCCAAGGUUGAAUUUAAAAAGAGUGGCAUGUGUGGCAGCUGA